AUGUCAGUAACUAUUGACAGAGGACUGGUAGCGAAUGCCAAACAAGUCCAUGGUGUUCAUCCUGUCUUUCUCAUCGAAAAAAUCUUACGCGAACGAAUCUUCGACAGCCAAUAUUGGAAACGAGAAUGCCAACACGCUGACUUGCUAGUGCUUCUUGAUCGAGGCGCCGAGUUAGAGCAGAUUGGAACGUAUGCAAACGCCGGACGCACACUUCCAACCCCAUUUAUUUGCCUCCUGCUCAGACUUUUGCAGCUCCAACCUGCUGCCGAUAUAAUUGAUCAUUUGCUCGUGCAGACGGAUUUUGUCUACCUGACAGCAUUAGCAGCUUUGUACGCUAGAAUCACUUGCCAAUCGGUGAUAGUUUAUCAGAAGCUAGAGCCUUUGUUGGCAGACGAACGACGAUUAAACAUCAUUGACAGCCAAACAGUCAAGUCGAUUUCUCUGGGCCAGUAUAUCGACGAACUGUUGCAAGGAACCAAGUUUCGCGAUAUGGUGCUCCCUCGCCUUGUUGACAGAUUGGUGCUCGAAGACCAGGAGCUACUAGAGCCGCGACAAAGUUCGAUGCCAGAAGAAUCUGAGAGCAUGUGUGAAGAAGAAAUUAUCAAAAGUGACGACGAUCAUUCCACGACUGGGAACCAUGAGCAUCAAUGA